UGUCACCAGAAACGGUAAGCAUGAAGCCACAGGACAGGGCCGACUUCAGCUGUAGUAAUUUACAUUCAACCCUCAAGAGCCCGUCCUCUGUCAGCUCAAGAGCAGUUUGACGUCUACUUUCUUCUUAACUUUCCCUUCCCUUUAUCUACAUCACUGCGUGUCCUUUCUCUAAGUCCGAUCCUGUCCGAAAGCCACUCUCUUCAGCCACACAGUGAACAGCCGCACGUUUCAGCCUUGCAGUGACCUGUUUUUGCAUACACCAUCAAGCCAGGAGGAAUACAGGAGAACCUUUUUCCUGCGAGCUCAUCGAAUAGAGCCCACAGCUCAACAUGUCUGUCCCGCAGCAAGCACCUUCAGUGGCACCUUUCGACAUCAGGUCACCAGAUCCUCCACCGUACAUGAUGGGACCACAGCAACUGCCUACUCCAACUCCAGUGCCAAUGUCGAAUGCCUUCGUUCAACCGCCGAUACCACAGACCAGCUACCCACAAAAUCACGUGCAACUACAAUCCCAAGCUUCACCACCGCAUGGACAGUUGCAACAAUCUCACUUCGUUCAACCGCAGCAGCAUUCCCUUCCUGCACCGCAACCAUAUCAAGUGGUACCCAAUAUGACAUCUCAGCAACUCCAGCAAGUGCAACAGGUCAUUCAAAACAUGCCACCAGAGAAGCUCCAAACGAUGCAACAACAGCUCCAAACAGCAAGUCCCCAAUCACCACUAACAAACCAGUACCAAUGCCCACCCCCAUACCAACCCCCACAGCAGCCCCUCCAAAGACCAUCCUUCACAACAACCGCCCCAUCCGGCCUCUUCGGCCCCAAACACUCCUCCACACCCAGCCAUAGCGGCCCGCAAGACGCCCAGCAAUCUGACAAAGUCAAGCGAUUCUUUGGUGACACCUUGUUCGGCCGCGUAGCACGUAGUUCCGUAUCGACCGCUACCUCGUUCGCCAAAAUGCCGCUCUCUCUGUCCCCCUGGGGCGACAACAACCCCGUCACGCUGCCCAACGUGCGGUACCGCGACGCGGUGCUGUUCACGACGUUUGCCUUUAUUGGGGGGCCGCUGGUCGAUGGCGCGGCAGACAGCGUGACCAGCGCGUUUGGCGCCGACAGUUUUGUGUCUGAGAUUGUCAAUUCGGGGGCUGGUGCGAUUGCGGCGAGUACGGUGCUCAAGUACUCUAUUUUUCAGAUUGUGGAGCAGGCGAUUGAUAAGGGGGUUCUGGAGCAUAUGUUGCCCGAGGAGGAGAAGAUGCUGGCUACGACUGAGGUGAAGAGUUUGCAGGCCGGUGUUAAGCAUAAGCUUAUGGGUGUUGAUGCGGAUUUGAGGUUUGUGGGGGUGCAGCCGGCGAGGGAUAUUCAGGGUAUUGAGAAGGGAUGGUUUUGUCCGUACCUUUUUGCGAGUGCGAGGACGCCAUCGGUUCCGAGGGCGAAUGAUUUCGCGAUUGCACAGUGCUUUGGCCCGUUCUUGGGAGGUAUGUAUAGCACUCAUCGGCCGCUCAAAAUCCGGGACCUGUGCCACCGCCCUUUCCUAAACUCGAGGCCAUCACAGUAUUAACUAACAUCCUUAAAUAGGCGACUACCUCCUCGCGCACAAGCUCCUGUCCGAAACCCCCCACACCCUCUCCC